GCGGCGACGGCGCGGGUGCGGGGGCCGGGGAGCGCGCGCGUGUUGGCCGCGCGCCCACGGGGCCGCGAGCCGCCGAUUCCUGCCGAGUGUAGAGAGGAGAGAGAGUGAACAGGGAGCGGGGCUUUUGUCUAUUGGUCUCCCUGGACUGAAGCAAGGGAGAACAGAAGCUCAAGACUAUUAAGAUUCUCAAAAUGGUUUACUACCCGGAACUCUUGGUCUGGGUCAGCCAAGAGCCAUUUCCAUACAAGGAAAUGGAGGGAAGUCUUACUAAGGGGAGACUUCUCGUGCCAAAGGAAGUGAACCGCAAGAAGGCGGAGGAGAUCAGCGCUGCCUUCCUGGCUCCACCAGGCAGCCAUGAACUCUGCUCCCCAAAUAUCAGUUACCUCUACUCUUUUUAAUCGUAACACCUCCAUUUGUAUUGCAUAUGGUAUAUGGGGUUUUGAUGAGGUCUUGGUAUCAUAUAUGGGAUUUUUUUUUU